AUGCCCCGACGUCCAUCGAUGGAUAACUCAUCACUCACGACAGGCGCGCUCCCUUCAGCGCCUGGUCCCUUUGAAGAUUUUGCCGUACCGAGCCAGCUCCCGCCGAACUUGGAGCUCGAUGAAUCCUUCUUAUCACGACUUACGUGUGAGUUGCAGUCCGAGACGCCUGCCGCUGCGUCCAUGUCGGAUCGUCCGACAUCGUCUACUACUUCCACGCCGGCCGAUAUGGCACCCACAGUGCCUAUGACUACGUCGCUCACCGUCCCUGCGCACGUCGCUUCUUCCCUCCCUUCCACGCUCACAGCGCCAGCUGAUGCUCAAGCAGCGUCAAGCACGUUGCUAAACGAAAAUGAAAGUGCUAUGUUGACCAACUUCUUGCAUUCGUUGGAUGCGGACUUUGCUGAGUUGCCGUCGGUACCAUCGCUCGGCUUGCCUACCUCUGAUCUACCCCUACCACCUUUGGCAUCGUUAGGGUCGUCCACAUUCUUGUCGCUAGCACCCUCUUGGGCCAAUGCCGCCUCUCCUUCCUCGCGACCAGGGCCAAGCGGCGCGUCCGGCAUGGCCUCUCCUACGCCCCCUGUCAAGUCGAAUGACACUGGCGACGAGGACUCGACCUCGGAUGCGACACAAGGAACAGGCACAGGGACCGGCCGACGCAAGCGUCACAUUAUUUCCGAGCAGCGCCGUCGUAAUCAAAUUCGCGAAGGAUUUACCAAGCUCUCUGAGCUCCUCGAUGCAGGGCGGGGCUAUGGCGCUCGCGCGCUAGGCCUCAAUUCUGGCGCUGGCACGGGCGUGGAGGAUGAAGAGUUGGACGAUCGAACGGACACAGAGGAAGAUUUGCUGCUGGGCUGUGACGAAGAAGAAAUUCAGCGGCGCAAACGCAAUGCUCAGCGUCGUGCACGUAGCCGCGCUAUGGCUGGAAAGAGUCAGCGUGGGCGUGGGCGUGGGCGUGGACGUGGCGGCAGUGCCGGCGGUGCUGGCAGCAAAUCUGCCGUCCUCUUCCAGGUGAUCGACCUACUUGACUGGUUGCAAGGCAGGAAUGCUACGUUGGAACGCGAGCUUCACGAGCUCGACUCACAAAUACAUGCAGCGCAUGCACAAGCAACGCAUAUGUACCGGCGAACGCGUCACUAUUCCUAA